ACUGGCAGCCUAUAUCCUUUGUGAUAGCUGCACCCCACACUUAAAUACAAUAGUCUCUACGGUCGAAGUCUGCUAGAUCAAUCUUACCCAUUACCAUUAUCUGACGAUCCCCAGAAUGUCAUUCGGGGCAGCCGCCGCCGGGACCUCGCAAGGCGACACAAAGGGCGAUGUCGAGCUCACGGCGCCACCAGAAGACAGUAUUUCGGACCUGGCAUUCUCCACCGAAGGAGAUUAUCUAGCCGUGGCAUCCUGGGAUCAAAAAGUCCGGAUAUAUGAGAUUUCACAGCAGAGUGGCAAGAGUGAAGGAAAGGCGUUCUUCCAGCAUGAAGGGCCCGUCUUGAGUUGUAGUUGGUCGAAGGAUGGUAAAUACGUCGUCGGCGGCGGUGCCGACAAAGUCGCGCGACUCAUCGACCUGGGCGCAAACACCAGCAGCAGCACCAUCGUCGCUCAACACGACCAGCCGAUCCGCUCCGUCAAGAUGUUCCAAACGAACGGCAACAACAUGCUGGUGACGGGCUCCUGGGAUAAGACGGUCAAGUACUGGGACCUGCGACAGCAGACACCGAUCGGGUCCAUCACCUGUCAGGAGCGGGUGUACACCAUGGACAUGCGAAAUGAGUUGCUGGUGAUUGGGACCGCGGAUCGGUAUAUCAACAUUGUGGAUUUGAAUAAUCCCAUGACCUUCCAGAAGACGCUACAAAGCCCCUUGAAAUUCCAGACGAGGACGCUCGCGUGUUUUGCGGACGCCAGUGGGUUUGCGAUCGGGAGCAUCGAGGGUCGGUGCGCGAUUCAGUACAAGGACGACACAAAUUCAACCUUAAACUUCUCCUUCAAAUGCCACCGCCAAAACGCUACACCCGACACCUCCAAAGUCUUCGCCGUCAACGCCAUCUCCUUCCACCCCAUCCACGGCACCUUCAGCACCGCCGGCUCCGACGGCACUUUCCACUUCUGGGACAAAGACGCCAAACACCGAUUGAAAGGAUUCUCGGACGUCGGCGGCCCCAUCACCGCCACCGCGUUCAACCGGACCGGAACCAUCUUCGCGUACGCCGUCAGCUACGAUUGGAGUAAAGGGUACGCGUACCAUAAUCCGAACAACCCGAAUAAAAUCAUGCUGCAUCCGGUGGUCGGGGAGGAAUGUAAGCCAAGGCCGGGGGGGACGCAGAGGAAGAAGUGAGGUGAAGAGACGGGAAAUGAUUCGAUUGAUGAUGGAGGCAACCAAUGCUGGUUUGUUGCGACGGGUCGUACGGGACGCGAGUGCCAGGCACUUGGACUGAAUGGAGGUCAUGAGGGGGACAACAAACCAGAGCAAUCCUAACGCGGCGCAAAAUUGUCUGAUGCUUGCAAGGAAAUUCAGGCGCGAUAGAAUAGGACACAAUGAUGGAUUUCAGUCCACAGAGGUACUGAACAUCAAAAGAUACCCUGUAUGGGACAUGGAUAGUGGGAUUGGCGUUCCUAGAAAUAUGAAAUAUCCGAACUCUU